AUGUUCUGGACGGCAGGGUACACGAUGGUGGCGGGAAAGCCGCAGCCGGCAGCGCCCGUCUCGGACGCCGACCAGCAGCACUUCGAGACACUGAGCCCCCUCCGCAAGCUGGUCGUGGUAUGCCACCGGUUGAAGGCUAGCCCGACCUUCAAGCGUAUCGCCAGCCCGCCGGUGAUGGGGUGA